AUGGACGCGAUCAAGAAGAAGAUGCAGGCGAUGAAGCUGGAGAAGGACAAUGCCCUCGACCGCGCCGUCAUGUGCGAACAGCAGGCCAAGGACGCCAACCUCCGUGCCGAGAAGGCCGAGGAAGAGGCGAGACAGCUGCAGAAGAAGAUCCAGACCAUCGAGAAUGACCUCGACCAGACCCAGGAGGGGCUCAUGCAGGUCAACGCCAAGUUGGAAGAGAAGGAGAAGGCUCUGCAGAACGCCGAGUCUGAAGUGGCUGCCCUCAACCGACGCAUCCAACUGCUGGAAGAAGACCUGGAGAGGUCAGAGGAGCGUCUCGCCACCGCCACCGCCAAGCUGUCUGAGGCCAGCCAGGCUGCCGAUGAGUCUGAACGUGCCCGCAAGGUCCUCGAGAACAGGUCGUUGGCCGAUGAGGAGCGCAUGGACGCCUUGGAGAACCAGCUUAAGGAAGCCAGAUUCCUUGCUGAGGAAGCCGACAAGAAAUACGAUGAGGUGGCUCGUAAGCUGGCCAUGGUUGAGGCUGACCUGGAGCGCGCGGAGGAGCGUGCCGAGACCGGUGAAUCCAAAAUCGUGGAGCUUGAGGAAGAAUUGCGCGUUGUUGGCAACAACCUGAAGUCCCUGGAAGUUUCCGAGGAAAAGGCCAACCAACGUGAGGAGGAGUACAAAAAUCAGAUCAAAACCCUCACCACCCGCCUAAAGGAGGCAGAGGCACGCGCUGAGUUUGCUGAGCGUUCCGUGCAGAAACUCCAGAAGGAGGUCGACAGGCUUGAAGACGACCUGCUGGCUGAACGCGAAAAGAGCAAACUUCUGCAAGAGGAGAUGGAGGCCACGCUCCACGACAUCCAGAACAUAAAGGUUGUUGCGCACGCGCUGGCAAUUAGCUUGCGUCGAAAUCGGGAGAUACGGGCCGGGACCAUGUUAAGUAAACUGUGCCGGGACUAUAACGGAACGCAAACGGGACCCGACGCACUGUACAUAAUCAUCGCUCGACGCACGGGGCAUGAGGACCCGCACUACCCCGGCCCCGUGUUAACGCAUGCAUCUCUGGCCGAGCUGACCGCGCCGAAUGACGCAGACGACCUCAUCAACGAGAUCGAGAGGUUCAACGACAUCGGCGACGACAUCGACGAGUCGUUCGUCGAGCUCAUCCCCGGCGUGGACCCGACGCCGAAGCAGCGCCUGCACCCGCCCAAGGAGCCCACCCCGCCGCCCAAGGAGCCCACGCCGCCCCCGCCCGAACCAACGCCCGCCGAAGCCGCGCCUGUCGAUGGGGCUCCGCCCGUCGAAGGGGCCCCGCCCGCCGACGGUGCCGCCCCUGGGCUCCUCCCGUCGAGGGCGCCGCCCCGCCCGCCGAUGGAACAGCGCCUCCCGCCGAAGGGGCAGCUCCUGCCGAUGGAGCCGCUCCGCCAGCUCCCCCUGCGGAGGGUGCAGUGCCUCCCGCCGACGGAGCUGCGCCUCCCGCUGAAGGAGCGCCCGCCGCUCCUCCAGCGGAAGGUGCCGCGCCGACUGCGGAGGGUGCACCCGCUGCUCCUCCCGCUGAGGGUGCGGCUCCAGCCCCUGCAGUGGAAGGAGCGACUCCAGCUCCCGCUGAAGGUGCCCCCGUCGCGCCCCCUGCGGAAGGAGCCCCCGCACCCGCUCCUGCCACCGUGCCCGCGCCGGCAGAGGGAGCUCCGGCCGCCGCGCCCCCGGCCGGAGAUGCUCCGGCCCCAGCCGCAGCCGCACCUCCUCCGGCCGAGGGCGCUCCCGCUGCCCCUGCCGCCGCUCCUGCUCCCGCCCCAGCCCCGGCUCCCGCAGCCCCCGCCGAAGCUCCCGCCCCUACUCCCGCUGCUCCCGCUGCACCUAUCGAACCGGCACCGGCGGCGGCGGCGCCCGCGCCCGCCGAACCGGCUCCCGCGUCGUAAUCGAAAACCGCGACCGCUCCGCUCAUACUGUGUCGAAGUUCGUGAAUUUACCGCCGCACCGAGUAGGCAAGCAGGACGAUGCAUGAUGUGUGUGGGUGUCGGCGUUGCGUGGCGACUGACGGCGGCGGUGUCCGCAGACGAGCUGAUCGCGGGCAAGGAGUUGUUCCACGAGAUCGGCGGCGAGCUGGACGGCGCCCCCUGCGCGUCUGCGACCGCUGCACAUGCUGCCAUUGACCACUCGCUCUCUUCGCUUUCCAAGGAGAAAUACAAGGACAUUGGUGACGACCUCGACACCGCCUUUGUUGAACUUAUUCUCAAAGAAUAA